GUUUUCCCUCAUUUCCGGGUCUGUCACGUGAGUCCCCGGCUGCACCAUGGCGGAAGCAGAGGAGCAGGAAACCGGGUCUCUUGAAGAAUCUACUGAUGAGUCUGAGGAAGAAGAGAGUGAGGAGGAACCCAAACUGAAGUAUGAGAGGCUUUCCAAUGGGGUGACUGAAAUUCUUCAGAAGGACGCAGCUAGCUGCAUGACAGUCCAUGACAAGUUUUUGGCACUGGGCACACACUAUGGCAAGGUUUAUUUACUUGAUAUCCAAGGGAACAUCACUCAGAAGUUUGAUGUAAGUCCUGUGAAGAUAAAUCAGGUUAGCCUGGAUGAAAGUGGAGAGCACAUGGGUGUGUGUUCGGAGGACGGCAAGGUAUGGUCACAUGGAAAGCACUGCUCUGGGGUGUCACCAACUCCAAGUGCUCGGAAGCCCUCUCUCUGCUCACUGUAUACCCGCACAGGAGAACCUUGCUUAUUCUUUUUGGGUAUUGGGCUUGCUUCCGAUGGCUCAUAAUUAAAGUAAAAUACA